GAAAUUCUUUGUUGUGCCUUGCAAAGCCUCGUCAUUCCUCAGUCAAUCGCGGUCGCCUCGCCGGACUUACUGUUGGAUUGCUAGGAUAGCUGCACUCCCGAUUGCGCAUUGCUGGAGAAAUAUUGCUACUCUUGUUGGUUUCUGGAAAUGAAUUGCUGUUCUUGAAGACGUUUAUUUUUAAAUAAAUCAAGUUCCGCAAUGUCUACAUGGUGCUGAAGUGCGGGGUGCGCAGAGACAUAAUAACAAUCCAUGGCUUCGGGUCUUUGGAGUUCAACGUAUGAUGAAGUUGCGCGCAAUAGUAAUAACUCUGAGCAUCUUGGAUGUCAAUAUGACUUUUACUUGGAUUGUGUGCGUGAUGUGAUGGAGGAGGAUGCCUUGAAUGAGAAAUCUUGCAUUCAGGCUUUAAAAAAUUUAAUAACAAAGGAAGAUACCGAAAUUAAAGAACUUGAAAAGGAUCUCUUAUCACUUCAGAAUGAAUUAGUCUGGGCUGAACAUCAAAACUGGCCUGAAAUAUGCUGCAAUGCUUUGACUCAGAAAAUCAACUGGCUUGAUGUCUCCAUUAGGAGUUUGAAGAAUGAUCAUGCUGAUAAUGCCAGAAUUCAGCUGCUAUUCCCUAAUGAACCUGCUGGGACACUUGACGAAGUAUUAAAGGCUACACUAGGAGACUGCCGUCAAGAUAACUGUGGCCAGGAACUGCUUGGUAAAAUUGUUCUGAGAAGUGCUGAUUUUGGGGCUAUCAAGAGUUUACCCGGUCCUCCUGAUGGAAUGAAUUUACUGGGAAAAUCAGAUUUUAAUGUUUUAGCAUAUGAGGAAGUUAGAAGAAGCCAACUUGUCACUACAGAUAAAAGUCAAAUCUUGAAUUCUGCUACUUCCAAGGGCAAGGAAAAUGUUCUGAAAGAAGUCAAGCAAGGUGGUGAAACUGUCAAAGAUGUCACUACAGAUGAAUGUCUGGAUUCCAGCUUUUGUCAAGAAGUAAAAAGUGAAAAUUCUAAUUUUGCUCCAAAAAUUGCACGGAGAGAUUGCGAGAAAGCAUCAAAUGUUGCUCCAACUCAAGAUUUGGACCCAACUAAUUUACCCUUGAAUAGGGAUUGUGGGAGAAUAAAUCCUCUUCAAGUUGAUAGUGAUGAAGAAUUUUGUCUUGCUGCUUCUGAAUCAUGGAACCGUAAAAGUUCACUGCAUGUAAUGUACUUUCAGAGUGCUAGCCUUGUUAAUGCCGGAAGUUCUGGUUCGAGUUCAAUGUCAGAGAUGCAAACUAAAAAGCCCCGUUUUACUGGGUCUCAGCUGACUGACCGAGGGAAAUCUCAAGUGCUAUGCCCUAAACCUGAACCUACUGUCUACCUUGGGAAGUCCAUUAUGAGUGAGCCUGGUAAGGUAAAGAAUCGGAGAAAGAGAAAACAGAAAUCAGAUUCAUUUUCUGCUAGAGAUCCGAGUGAAAAUCCUAUGGAAAUUGAUUCAAGUUCAUCGAGGGAAGUUACAUGCAAGAGGCAACGGAAGUCAAGAACCAGCGUUGAUGGAAAUUUAGUUGAGUCUCUGGGCAGCAAGGAUGCUAAAAGAACAGUGCAGCUGGAACAGCAUGAAACUGCAUAUGCUAUUGUUCCUUAUGACAGCAAAUUUUUUGGGUUGCAAAAGAAAAGAAAUGUAUGUAAGUUGCCAGUCACGGCAGGAAUACAAAAUUCACUUGUUAAAUUGAUUUAACAAGCUCAAAUGUAGUUGAAACGGACAAUGGACAACGUGAAGAUCUUCAGAAUAGUUGGUCCGGCUCCUCAGUUGAUUCUCAUAAUAAGACCUCAGUUCUGAUGCCUGUGAGCUUGAGAAACUUGACAUUGAGUAAUUUGAGGGCCAUAGCAAAGCAGCACAACGUGAAAAAAUAUUACAGAAUGACAAAAGGACCUUUGGUGGAACAACUAACUCAGAUUCUCGGCGGCUGGUGAAUUUACUUUUGGCUAAAACUUCGAUGUUGAUAAGCGAUAACCCAUUUCAGCUUUGCUACUUUUGAUAUUGUGUUUCAAUUAGGAUUUAGGUUGACAGAUGCUCCUUUGGUAAACCCAAAAGGAGUACGUGAUAGGAUAUAAUACACAUGCUAUAGAAAGAAUACUAGCUAUAGCUAUAGAAGUAGUGUGCAAAAUGCAAAUGAAAGGAGGUAUAGAUGUUUCUUCUUCCUUGCUGGUUAGUCCUUGUGUCUGAAAUUCUGACGAAAAUGUGAGUAUAACACUAUAACGGCUAUAUUGCAAUCCUUUUUAGUGUCACUGCACAGUGGACACUGGCUA